AUGUCCCCAACUCUGAUUUGUCUAGGUAACCCUUUGCUUGAUUUACAAGUCGAUACUACUCCAGAAUAUUUAGCUAAAUACUCUUUGAAGUCUAACGAUGCUAUCCUUGUUGAGGCCGCUACCAACGACCCAAAGAUGGCUAUCUUUAACGAAGUCGCUAAUAUGCCAGAAGUCAAAUUUGUCGCUGGUGGUGCUGCUCAAAACUCAGCUAGAGGUGCUGCUUAUAUCUUAGGUGCUAAUGAAGUCGGAUAUUUCGGUUCUGUAGGUAAUGAUCAAUUCUCUGCCAAGUUAGCUGAAGAGAACGCUGCCGCAGGUGUUGUCUCUUUAUAUCAAGUUCAACAAGAUAUUGGUACUGGUAAAUGUGCUGCUUUAAUUACAGGUCAUGACAGAUCUUUAGUAACAGAUUUAGGUGCUGCUAACCAUUUCACUCCAGAACAUUUGGAAAAACAUUGGGAUCAAGUUGAAGCUGCCAAAUUGUUUUACAUUGGUGGGUUCCAUUUGACUGUAUCUCCUGCUGCUAUCGUUAAGUUAGGUAAGCACGCUAAGGAAACCGGCAAACCAUUUGUUAUGAAUUUAAGUGCUCCAUUUAUCCCACAAUUCUUCAAAGAUGCUUUGAAAGAGUGUCUACCAUACGCUACUAUUGUUAUCGCCAAUGAAUCUGAAGCUGCCGCAUAUGCUGAAUCCUUCGGUUUAACUUGUGAGACUACUGAUUUAGAAUCUAUUGCUAAACAAAUUGUUGGUGAUGAUGCUAACAAGACCGUCAUCUUUACUCAUGGUUUAGAACCAACUGUAGUCACCACCGCCACUGGUUCUACUUCUUAUGAAGUUCAUCCUUUGGAAAAAUCCAAGAUUGUAGAUACUAAUGGUGCGGGUGAUGCUUUCGCUGGUGGUUUCAUGGCCGGUCUAGCACAAGGUAAAGCAUUAGAAACCUGUGUCGAUAUGGGUCAAUGGUUAGCCUCUUUAUCAAUCCAAGAAGUAGGUGCUUCAUACCCAAAGGAAAAGUUUACCUACACUAAGGCCUAA